GCGUGUCGCGGUGGGCGUGGUCUACAGAAUAGAGGAAGUACAGAUGAGAUCAGAACAUUAAUAAAAAAAGAGUAUUAGAGGAGCUGUGAGACCAUAGUUACUGAAGUAUCCAAUCCAAUGAAUGUUGCUCGAGUGAUUCUUGUUCUAGUCUUCUGCACCUUUUUCACAUUAUCUUACUUCACAAAUAAGUAUGUCCUGUCUAUCUUAAAGUUUACAUUUCCAACCAUUUUUCAGGGUUGGCAGACCUCCGCUGGGACUCUAUUGCUACUGGUUACAUGGAAACUGGGCUGGGUUGAAAUCAAUGGCUUUUCCAGAUCUGCAGCUUUUUCCCAGCUUCCUGGGUGCUUCUUGUUCAUUGGUAAUAUUUAUGCGGGGUCCAAAGCACUGUCACUUUUGCCCAUUCCUUUUUUCUUCGUGUUUCAAAAUGUCUCAGAAGUCUUAGCUUUUCUCAUCAGAACAGCAACUCACAGAGAGAAACCACCAUGGAUGAAAUUAAUAAGUAAAAAUCUCCAUUUCAUAUGUCCUCUUUAUGGUUCUAUAUGUCUCACCUCUCAGUUUGGUCCCAGUGGCUACACAUGGGCAUCCAUCCAUCUGUUCUGUGUUGGUGCAUACAAAGUAUUCCAGAAGAACACAAAGACAAUCCUUCUGAGUGAUCUUGAAGAGCAGUUCAUCAAUUACCUGACCAGUGCAUUGUUACUUGCCUCUCUUGCACACUCGACAGGUGAUCUGUCCGGUGCCUUAGAUUUCCCUCUCCUGACUUCAUUCAGGUUCUAUACUGGCUGCUUGGGGAGUGCUAUAUUCAGCUUUUGUCUAAUGUUGGCAACCGUGAAAUUGAAGGGCAGUCUGUCUCAGGAGCACUGUGGCAUAUGGUUCUUCUUGGCUAAGAUACUGGCAUCAGGUCUUUCCCUGUUACUUUCCAUAUUCCAUGCUGUGCUCAGCCCCGUCACUCUGUGCUGCAUUAUCCUGAACUAUGCUGGGGAGGCCUUGUUUUUGUAUUCAGACAGAUUCCAAUAAGUUUGUUGAAGAAUUUGUCCAGUGCCUUUGAAGAUUUUCCUCUCAAACUCUGUAUAGGGGCUUCAGAAAUUGACCAAAGACAAUUGCCUCAAUGAGAUUGUGUGCGCU